AUGGAUUGUCUGCUUUCGGAGUAUAUUUCCCUUCCCCUGAAUUCUCCUGAAGCGGUAGCCAAAAUAGACAGCUUUGCUGACAGUGGUUCACAACUAUCGCCUGAGGACGUUUGCGCAGUCGCAAAAUGCCUUCUUUUCCGCAUGGAAGUCUGUGCUGACAAAGCGUUCUGGAAGCUGUGCUUAGAAUCCUUCUUGAACGAGUUACGCCCGGACCUCAUCUGUAAUGCCGAUCUCUUGCCUGAAGCCCUCCUUAAAUCGAACCCCAUCAAGAAGAAAGUGCACGAAUGUCUAACAGAUGAUCACAUACGAUCUGAGUUUAUAGUUCUCCUGCAAAAGUCAGCCUGCGUUUUGUUAUCUUGGAAGUACUCUUGUCUCUACUUCACGGCCUAA